CGUCCGACUACCAAUCACCAGAGCCAUUUUAAAAAUCCGUUGUAGUCGUAUUCGACUGUGCGCGCGUUGGCGCAUCUCUUUCUGUAUAAAGAAAAUAGUCGCGCGCACACUCGUUCUUUGCCGUCACUGUCGUCCCGCCAAAAUGUAUUGUGUUCAAUUUUUGUGUGCUUUGAAAUACCGUUGCUCAUCAUUGUUGUUGAACGACUGAUGUGGGUUGAACGGACUGCUGUUUGAUCGCCGUUGUCGAUUGUUUGAAAAAGGAUAGCAGGUUUCCUCAGUUUUGGGCACACCUAAGUGAAACGUGAUCACAUACAACGGUUGAGGUGACUGCAUUAGCAAUUUUGACCAUGUACGUGCAAGUGAGAAUGAUGGACACAGGUGUGUCAGUAACAAUACCCACAUCCAGAACUGCGUUAGUUAAAGAUUUCAAGACUCUUGUUGAAAAAAAGUUCCAUGUUAAAUCGGAAAAUUUGAGAUUAUUUUUCGCAGGCAAACAACUCGAAAACCAAUAUAGACUAUUUGAUUAUAGUAUAAAUGUAAAUGAUGUCAUUCAAUUAAUGGUUAGGGCAGCUGUUAAUGAAAAUAGUUCGCAAAAAAAAUCUGUAUCAAAAGUUACAACAAAGUUAUGUAAAAAUGAAACUCAUAUUCCAAGUAGUUCUUCUGCAGCUAGUUCAGCAUCAGAUAAAAGUGAUGCCGAUGAUGAUAUAUCUGUGGAAAGCAAAUAUUUCAAAGUUGGUGAUUAUGUUGAUAUGAAAGAUUAUCACUAUGGUUCAUGGUUUAUAGGUAAAUUGAUCAAGAUUAAAAAAGACAAUGCUCUAGUAGAGAAGCCAAAUGAUCCUAAGAGUCCUGUAAAAAAUGAUGGUCUUCUUUAUGUUGUAGCGAUUGAAGGGUGCCCUGAAGAACUUCCCAUUGAAGUUCACUUGCAAGAAAUUCGACCACAUGCAUCUGAAAUUCUGCCUCUUGAAAAAUUAAAAAUCAAUGAUCAAGUUCUCAUGAACUAUAAUGUUGAUUAUCCUCAAGAACGUGGCUAUUGGUAUGAUGUAUUAGUUAAGGAGGUGAAAAAAUCUAGAAGAGGUCAUGAGAUAAUAGGAGAUGUAUCUGUUGGAAUAGAUAAUGUUGUUUUAAAAAACUGUCAUUUAAUGUUUCUUGAUGAUAUCUAUAAAGUAAAACCUUAUAAAUUGCUUAUUGAGAGGACUCCAGAAGAUGAUAAAAUCAUGCAAACACAGCCAACUGUGAUGAGAGCUGGUGCUUUGUAUUGUAUCAAAUGUAAGGAUAACAUGGAAAAAUCAUGUAAGGAAUGUGGUUGUCGUAUUUGUGGUGGAAAAGACAAUGAAGAUAAACAAUUAAUGUGUGAUGAAUGUAAUCACCCUUACCAUAUGGUAUGUCUUAAUCCACCCUUGAAUGAGAUGCCAGGAGAUGAUGAUUGGUAUUGUCCUUCAUGUAAAAAUGAUGAAAAUGAAAUUGUGAAAGCUGGUGAAAAAUUAAAGGCUUCAAAAAAAAAGGGACCAGAAUCAAUAUCGACAUCAAAACGAGAUUGGGGUAAAGGUAUGGCUUGUGUUGGGAGAACAAAAAAAUGUAAUAUUGUUCCAUCAAAUCAUUUUGGUCCCAUUCCUGGUGUUGAAGUUGGAACCACAUGGUUAUUUCGUGUACAAGUAUCUGAAGCUGGUAUUCAUCGUCCUCCUGUUGGUGGCAUACAUGGCCGUGAUAAUCAGGGUGCAUUUAGUAUUGUUCUAAGUGGCGGCUAUGAAGAUGAUGUUGAUAAUGGUGAUGAGUUCUUAUAUACAGGUUCUGGAGGACGAGAUUUAUCUGGAAACAAACGUACUGCUUUGCAGAGUUGUGAUCAAGAGUUAACACGUUAUAAUAGAGCUCUGGCACUAAACUGUAAUGCAAAAAUUGACAAUGAAAAAGGGGCAACAGCUGUGGACUGGAAAAAAGGCAAACCAGUUAGGGUCAUACGAAAUUAUAAACUACGUAAACAUUCCAAAUAUGCACCAGAGUUAGGAAAUCGAUAUGAUGGUCUUUACAAAGUUGUUAAAUAUUAUCCAGAAACUGGAAUUUCAGGGUUUACUGUAUGGCGUUUUGUUUUGAGGCGAGAUGAUCCAAUUCCAGCUCCUUGGACAGCACAAGGCAAAAAACGUAUGACUCAAUUAGGUCUUAAAAUAAUUUAUCCUGAAAAUUAUAUACCAGCUGUAACUGCGACCAAUGACCCAAAAUCAAAAUUACCCAGAUCUAAAAGAAAAAGGACAUUACAAGAAGCUGAUAUUGAAGACAAUGAACAAUGUGAAAGUAACAACUCUAAGUGUAAUUUGUUAGAAAAAGAGGAUAAUAAUGCUAAUUCCAAAAAGAAGAUGAAAAUUCAGUAUAAACUUGAAAAAGAAGCGGAUGAAUUCAUAAAAGCUGAUGUUGCCAAUAGAAAAUACUGGGAUGAUUGCAAAGAAAUGUUAAAUCAAGGCAAAAAAGCUUUUUUGGAUAGAGUUGAAGAAACAUUUUCAUGCAUUUGCUGUCAAGAAAUUGUUUUUGAACCAAUUACCACAGAGUGCUCUCAUAACAUUUGUAAAGGAUGUCUAAAAAGAUCGUUUAAUGCUCAAGUAUUCCAAUGUCCGUCAUGUAGAGCUGAAUUAGGAAAAACUUAUCCUAUGAGUAUAAACACAAAAUUAGCCAACACUUUGUUAUAUUUGUUCCCAGGUUACAACACAGAACGUUCAUAACAAAUUACAUAUCUUUAGACUUAUUCUCUAUUUAUAUAUUAAUUUAUAACAUUACUUAACAAACACUGCAUUAGAACAGAUUGUAAAUUGACACAUUCUGUAUAUAUAUUUUGAUUAUUAUAUAUAUAAAUAUAUUAUUUUAUUUC